AUGUUACGAAAUCCUCUAACAUGUAUUGAAUUAUGGUUUUUAUUUCAAUUUCUAUUACUUGACGUAAAUUGUCAAAUGAUACCUUUUAAACCAAAAAACCGAAGGGAUCAUACUGCAACAUAUAUUGAUGAUAAAUUGUAUAUUUUUGGUGGUUCUCAUUUGUCUACCGAUGGAAAUUUUUUUUAUCAUGAUUUUUCUGUUAAAUUUAAUACCAAAAAUUUAUCAUGGCAAGAUUUAUCAAAUAUUAAAUCUGUUCCUCCAAUACAUUAUGGCGCUGCUUCUGCCAGGGGCGGUGAAAAUAAUAAUACGUUAUUUUUAUAUGGAGGAGUCGAUUAUGAUCCUAAUAUGGCGUUAGUUUAUACAUUUGACCCACAAAAUGAAAUAUGGAGUGUUCCAGAAAUAAAAGUGCCUGAUAUUAGUGUUAAUGUUCCUAGAAAAGAUUUAUUGACGGGAAUUGUUGAUUAUAAUGGAAAAAUGUAUUUAUGGGGUGGACGGAGUGGAAGUUCAGCUAAUGCACCAAUUUCCCGUUUUAUUUAUGGUGCUACUAUAAUGUCUCGAAGUAUUAUUUAUACGGGCGGUUUUCGUCUAGAUACAGGAACACUACCAUUAAAUGAGGUCUUUAUAUAUGAUACAAUUAACAAUAGUUGGAGUACAAAAACAACUUCAGGAAAAAUACCUUCUGCUAGAGAUGAGUUUUCUGUAGUUCUUGGAGCAAGAUUUGGUAUAAAUUCUGUUAACAAAGUUGAUUAUGAUCCGUUAGAUGGAGGUGAUAUUUUACUACUUGAUAUUAGUAAUAAUGAUGAAUAUGUAUGGACAAAUGAGUUUGAACCGCUAUUAUCGUCAUCAACAAAUACAACUUAUCCAUCAUCAAAAACUGCAACUUCUCCAUCACCAUUUAAUAAUUCACAACAAUCUAAUAAAUCAUCACUAUCUGCAACUAGCAUUGCUGAUGCAGUUGCGGGAACUUUGUUCAGUGGUAUUUUACUUUUAUUAGGUUGUUUCUUUUUAUAUAAAUGGAAUCAUAAGCGAAAUAAAUUACUAAUUCCUGGAAGUGAAAAUCGAGAAUAUAUUUUUACUAAAGGAAAUAAUAAUAGCCAAAAAAUGGCACAAUUGACAAUUAAUAAUAAUUACAAUCAUCAUGGAAAAGAAGUAUUACAAGCACCUAGGAAUGAAAGUACAACUAAUCAUGAAUUAUUAACAAUUUCAGAAUUAAAAGAUGAUAUACUUCAGACUCUUAAACAUGAUAAUAACAAGAAGAUAUCAUUACAAAAUAUAGAUAGUGAAGCUUUACAAAAUUUACAAAAUAAUGGACAAGCUUCUAAUUCUAAUAUUACAAA